UGAUGCGGCUUUAGCUCUGUGAUGCGGCUACAGCUCUGUGAUGCAGGCCUGAACCCUUAGGCCAGAGAUCACUGGCAGUGCCCAGUUGCCUGAGAGCAACAGAGCGAUUCUGACCAUGGAGAGUUACCUUUUUCCGCUGAAAAGCUUUAGUGUUACCUGGAUGAGCUCCAGCUCCACUUCCUGGGUCCUUGAAACCAUCGUGGGCUUCCUGUGUGGAGUGGGGCUCUUCCUCCUGUUACUCCCCUGCCUCCAGAGUAGUCCACCCUUACCACCGCCUGAGAAAAAUAUAAACAUCAAAAAGGUCUGCCAGGCCCUCCUGGCCCUUCGACUCCUGGCUGCAGCCUGGUCCUCUGUCUCCUGCAGCCGCCUGGGAAAGCCCCCUGACAAGGACAGCAUUCGUCAGCAGUCACAUCAAGACCCCUCCUGUGGGGUGGGCAAAAAAGAACCUGCUGAAGACCAUCGGCCAUGUGCAGAACCCCCAGAAGGUGCUGUUCCUCUGGAGUCCGUAGUGUCCUCUUCUGCUUCUGCAGCUCCUCCAACCCAGCCCCCUCGACCUCUGACCUCUGCCCUCUCACCGGACCUGAUGAUCCCCUCUGUUUCUGAUCUUUCACCCUCACUGAGUGUCUCUCCACCACCAGAACCGCCUCUCCCCCUUGACAGCCUUUCACCCCCACCACUUGCUCUUCCUCCUUCCCUACCACACUCCCCUGAUUCCUUUGCUGGCCUUCAGCCACCAACAACCUUUUCUGCAUCACCACUGCCAGAUGCCACUUUGACACUUUCUCAGUGUGACUCGAUGGCGAUGGCACUCCCACUGAGCCCCUUUUUGGGGAGCCCCUUUCCAGACAACUGCUGGUUGACUUCUUCUGUCCCAGCAAUCACAGGCCUUGAUGCCUCAAGCCGUCCCAUUUCGACCCUCUCCUGGUGGCAGGUGGCUGCCAAGGCCUUGGGCCUGCCCACCUCAAAACCUUGUGAAUCCCAGCAAGGACAUACUUCCUGCCAAUCGCAGGAGUCUGCUUUCUGGGGAGGCCAUACAGACAGAAGCAUAGGGACUGGUAAUCCCACUUUCCUCAACCCAAAUGUCCAGAAGCUCCUGGAAAUACAAGUCACAAAGAGUGUCGAGUUCAAGAUUUGGGAGGAAAAAGAACAGGAUGGGUCAUUUCCAAAUCAAAUGAGCUCAGACUACCACCUGAAUUCUUUGAGGAAUAUGAUGCUAAAAUCAUUGGGCGAUGAGCUGGACACCACAGUCUCCCAACCCAUCUGGAGCACCAACGGCAAACCACAGCAGCUGCUCUCAUGUCGCAAGACCUUGCAGGACCACCUACCGCAGAAAUGCAGCCAGCUCUUCUGGGGGCUCCCCUUUCUGCACAGCGAGUCACUGGUUGCUACUGUCAUGGCCUCUGGUUCCACAUUAGAGCUUCCCUCUGUUCUGUUCAAUGGACUGUCUAAUGCCUUACCAAUUCAAAUGCAGGCUAAAGUGUCUCCUUUAGUUUCCCAGCCUCAGUCCUUGCGACACCCUGUGGCCCACCUUCAACCUUUGAUUUUAACCAUGUCUCAGUCCGAGGCCCCAUCUCUAGCUCAGGUCCAAACCCAGGCUCGUCAACAGUCCUCACUCCCAGGCCUACCUUCUUCUCUACCCCAGUUUAGGGCCAAUGGAGUAUCCUGCCCUAGAGUCCAGAAUGAGGCAAAAUGUCUCAUCUCAACUGAAAUUCAACACCUGGAAUGGCCCUUGUUGCAGGAACAACUAGAAAGUGGGAGGGCUUUACCCCAUGUGGCCGAAAGAUCUCAGGAAGCCUUCAGUCCUCUCAGUCCCAACCUUUCUCAGGAUAGUCAGGCCUCCCAGGCUCACAAGUCGGACUCCACCCUUCCUGAAGAUUUUGUGAGUCCCGAGCUCAGGAAGCAACUGGAGCAACACCUUCAAAAGAGGCUCAUCCAUCACCAGUGGGGCCUGCCUGGCAGGAUCCAACAGUUUCUAAAACUGACACAACCUCAGGAAAAAUUUCCAAGGCCAUGCCAGGCAGAGGACCAGAAAGGACCCUCAUGGCCCUCCGUACAUGGGAGCUGCAAGGAUGUAAAGACAAUGGGAUCCAGGCGCUCAGGAAGCUCCCGUGUGUGCAGCUUGGCAAAUUUCCAUCUAGGAAGGAAUCUGAGCAAGGAUUCGGGGCAUAGUCUGGGAAAGGUCCCAAAAUAUAAUAUAUCCCAGAGAUCAGAAAACUUCCCAGUGAAGGUUCUGGGGGCAGACUCUAAGAAUGAAUCAAAAAAUGAUUUGAUGAGGCAUUCAGGGAGUAACUCAGGAAAUUGCAUAUUAAGGGGCCCACAUAAGACACAAGUAGAAAACACCCUGAAAGUCCAUUUGGGCAGGAAGUGGGGGCAGAUUAUUGAGGAUCAGAUCCCUGUGGGUGUCCAUCAUUCCUGGCUUGCUGCCAACCGUACUUUGGCCAAGUCUGACACUUAUACAAAAACUGGAAGUCUGGUGUCACCAAAGGGUCAGGCAUACUGUGUAAAUGCCACCCAAAAUCUUUCCUUUCUCAAUCCAGGCACUCAACAGGUGCUGGAAACGCAUAUUGUAAAGUUUCGGAUGGGACACCGAUGGUGUCUACUCCUCAAAGUCCUUAAGGCCAUAAAUCUCUUUAAGACAAGAAAGGGCAACUCAUUGCCCUUUCUGCAGGCUGCCUUUACUUCUUCAGCCACUCAUGAAUCUUGGCCAGACUCAAAAGCUGAGGCUGCCAGAUUUCUGGGAGAAAACUUUCAAGCAGUCUGGGGAGAGAAGGUGACACCAAAAAAAUCAGUCCCCACCCUGGAGAGCCCUCUCCCUGCCUCCUCACCUGUAGGUGAGGAAGUCCAGAGAACCCUGAGGUGGACCCCACCUGAUAAUGACAAUGGGCCUUCAGAGGCCCCUCAGAGUGGGCAGAAGGGCAGGCAGCCUUUUCAGCCCCUCACAUCCAGCGUUGUGGGCAGAGCCUUGCAGAUUGGGACUAUCUUGGGGGCCCAGAGAGGCAGCCUAGAGCUGACACCAAGUCAAUCAAUGGCCUGGAAGGGGCUCAAGGAGAAGAGUGUAAGAGGUGUCUCAGGAGGCCCCAGCCCUAGCAUAGCAAUGCUGGAGAUGAGCUAUGAAUCCCAAUCUUCAGGGGCUGAAGACACCAGGCAUGCAUUAGUGGCCAAGGGGUCCUCUGCACUACAGCUGCAGGAUAGAGACAUUUUGAGAUCCAGUACGCUGGCAAAAUCUCAAAACAUAAAUGUGGAUCUAAAGGACUUAGGGGCUUCAGGGACCAGUAAAAGCCCCCUACCUUCUGGAAUGUCUGUUCAAGAUCCAGGAGAGCCUUGCUUUAAAUCACAGGUGAUUAGUGAGUUUGAGUUCAAGAUGGAGGCACAGCCAGAGGACCAGCCUCAAGGCUGUCCCUCUGAGAUGCCCCUUCAAGAUUAUGCGGCUGAGGUGCUCCUUGCUGCAGAUAAUUUGGUUUGUCAGAUCUCUCAGUCCCAUCCCCGGAGCGUGUCUAGUGGAGACAUGGCAGCUUCCCAGGUACUACAUGACCUCACAGCAGCCAGGAGGAGUAGCCUGGGACAGCAGGAGUCCAAGAUCCCAAACCUGCAGGACCAAUGGAAGAGCCAGAGCAAGACUUCUGCCCCCACUGACAAGAAAAAGGAUUGUAGGAGGCCCAAACCAGAAGACUGUGAAGAAGAGUUGGCAGGACUGGGCGCCUCCCAAGCCAAUGGGGUAAGCCAACUUUCUCAGGUCAAGGGAAAAGGAGACAUCACUGAGAGCAAGUACCUCCAGUUAGUGCCAGAGAAGGGACAGGCUCCUCUAGAAGGCCAUUUCAGGAAAAGGAUGAAGUGUUUCCUUCAGCGGAUUUGCCCCCGUAAAAAGGACAAAGGGCAGGAUGACCCUCUGCAAAAAGGAAAUCCUGUCUCAGCCUCUCCCCAGAGCCACAGAGCAGUCAAAAGCAGGUUGGCCUUUACUGACAGGGGGGCCACUGAGGCUCAGGCACUCAUGACAGCUGUCGGCCAAAUUCUAGAGGAGAAAAUGGCACUUCAGCUUGGACUUCAUCCUUCAAAGUUAAGUCAACAAAAAGAGGAAAUCAAAGAAAGCCAGGCCCUGGUUGGUGGGCAUUCCUCUUACCAUGGGGCUCCCUCCUACCCCAAGCACAGGAGAGUGAUGAAUGAUACAACCUGUCAUCACCAAGCCACCCCUGAAAGCCAGAGUUGUCCUGUCAGGGAAAGGCAGAACAGAGACCAACAUUCCUUGAAAAUUAUAAGAUCCAACAAUGAGAAAUUAUGCAUGAGGCAUUCCGCGUCACUGCCCCCCAGGGAGCCGAUGUCCCCGAAACAGAUAGAAGUGGAGUUGGCCAAGUGCCAUAUGGUGCCCACAUAUUUAGAAGUGACAGAGAAAGUUACUGUGUGCCCAGAUCAGGAGGAAGUCUUCUCUGAUAAGAAGGGACUGGGAGACAACAAGGAUACCCAGUUCCUAGCCUCCUAG